GCAUCCUUUUCUUCGAGAAAAAUAUCUGAUCUGAAUCAUGACAUAGGUUUAGUUGCUUCUGUGAUGUACUACUAGUAUGUAAUAUAAAAAACAUUCAAAGAACAGCUGCUUCGCAUGCUGAAUGAUAAACUGAAUUGAACUUACCGAAGGAUUGCAGUUAGCAGCUGCGAUUAAAAUUGGUUGGUUUGGGAUCUAAUCAUGGUGGGGGGUGGAGUCUGGAGGGAAUGCAGCAAGUCAGGUGACCAAGUGCUCUACACAAAGCAGCUUCUUUGGAGGUGAACUCUCGCCGGCAGACAAGCUGGGGUUCACCAAGACGGUCAUCCAGGCAAAGCCAGACUCUGUUUACUCUGCAGUAAGCAAGUCCAGGCAAAGCCAGACUCUGUUUACUCUGCAGCAAGCAGGCGUUCUCGCCUUCUGCAUGCAUAGUUGGUUUGUUCGGAGAUCAAUCUCAGGGGUGGUGGGAAUGUUGAUGUGAAGCGCCUGUCGAAGGCCGGCGCCGCCUCGGCUUGGCCGAAAGUUGACUGAUUCCUACCCAAGCCUUUUGAAGAACAGGUAAGAUGAGACAUGGUUUCCCUUAGUUCCAUUAGCAGGAAUCAGCUUUUCCACAUGUGUAGUUGCCUGAUAACUUAUGUGUCUUAUGACUGAUUAUCUCAUUCUUAGCAUGAUGAUUAAAUAGUGUCAUAAAUGCAUGAAAAUGGCCUGACCUUUAAGCAUCCUAUUUAUAUGCCAUGUUUCUCCAGGAUUUGUUCAUCUACCAGAUUAAAGUAGGCCCACUGCCUCCACUAUACUCCAGGACAGUAGACAUCAGCAUCCACAAGCACAGGUAGUUACAAUUAGUUGCAACCAGAAGAAGCUGAUGAAACCUGCAUUACAUUGUCAUCUUCUACAGCUUGCCCACUACUAGUACUUAUUAGCUGCAAGAUCAGAAGCGACAUAGAGAGCAAGCUGAACGAAGAGGCUGCCAUGAGCUACUGGGGUUCCUCGCCGGCGUGGGGGGCGGCCCGCCACGGGCCGUCUCCGAUGGUGCCCCUCAUGGUGGUGCUGGCCCUGGGGUGGGUCAUCUACAACGAGGCCCUGCUGGAGUGUUACGAGCGGGUGACCGAGGCGCGGGACACCGUGGCCGACAAUGCCAUGGUCUUCAUCCUCGCCGCCGGGCUCCUGCUGCUCGCCGUCCUCCUCCUCAGCAACCAGAUGGAGGUGGUCCUGGUGCCGGCGGUGCUGGUGCUGGUCAUGCUCUUGAUCCAGAACAUCGUCGUCGCGGCGCUCCUGCUGCUGCUGGCGGUGUACCUGGCCGGGAUAUACUACUACCCGCCUCACCGGGGCUACGGCGGCGGCUUCGCCGGAGCCGGGGGUGACUGGACGGGCUGGGGCUGCGGGCUGGGGUUCUACAUGCUGCUGCUGCUCUGCCUGGUGCUGUGCGCCAUGUUUUCGGAGGAGGGCGGCAGCUGGUGGAUCCCGGGCGUGCUGCUGGUUGCAUGCCUGCUCUGCCUCAACCUCUUCUCAGGUGGCAAAGUCUUAGGCCAGGAGUACUUUUGACUCUUGUGUUCUUCGGGACAGAGCUUAGUUAUUGCUGUCUCGUGGUAUUACCGGAUGGUGAUGUAGCCGCUCAUGGCGCAUAAAUUUUGUGUUUUGACCCUUUUGUGAAACAAAA